AAAAUGACAUGUAGAAAAAACAAGGGAUGAGUCAUCAUCUUCUGGCGCACUCUUUACUUUGUUAAAUACACACACACCAAUUUCAAAUUUCAGUAAGCUGCUUCUUCUAUUCAUCUCUCUCUCUCUACUGAAAGUUAUUGAAAAACAACUUUUGCUUGCUGUCAAACUAUGAUAUUUGGGAAGAUAUCUGAAGUGAAAACCAAAAUGGAUUUCAUUCAAUGGCUUGGACCUGAUAUGUCAAUUAAGGUUCUCAGCUAUUUGGAUCACCCUUGUGACCUUGUUCGUGUAUCUUCUGUUUCUAGAAGUUGGAACCGAUUUGUUAUUGAAAAUGGCCUCUGCAAGCAACUUUUCUUCGAAAUGUUUCCUGAAAUAUCUGAUGUUGUUGAUAGUGUUGAGGUGGACAACAUGAUGAUUGAACCUGUAACCAACAUGCUUGACAACUGUGCAAAUUGGGAGUGUCUUAAAAGAGAACAUAAAGCUUAUGCUGUCAUGGCUUUUGAAUUAAAACCUUAUGUGAAAAACUGCAUUUCAAAAGCCAUUGCUGCAUCCAGCACUAAUAAUUAUCCAGAAGAAAGCAUUGUGAAUACAUUGGAGCCCGGGGAUAGAACUGAAAAUAGGGCAUCAUACUGGUUAAGUGAAGGGCAGAGCUCACCUGGGGUUCCCGAAUCUUUGGUUUAUAAGCUAUGUUCCAAAAUAUGUCUUAUCACAAAGAUUCGUGUCCAACCAUUCCAAGCAUAUUUUCAAGAUGGCUCCCCUAUAUAUUCAGCUUACACUAUCCGAUUCAGAAUUGGCCAUCCGAGACACCAUAUAAAAUUAGAGAGUGCUAUAGCUCAUGGUAUUGCUACUAGUAACAUGGUGGGGGAUACAACUCAAUUUGUAUGGACAUACACUUCCCCUUAUUAUCAAAUGUUACAGGAAAACCAGCUGCAAGAAUUUACGCUACCCGAACCUGCUCUGGGCAUUGGAGGUGUGUUACUAGUGGAGCUGCGUGGAAGAGUUCAACAGCAAGGACUCUAUUACUACAUUGGCAUCUCCCAUGUUCAAGUAGUAGGACUACCAAUUUUACAGGCAUUUGAUGUUAAAACUUACCAACCAUCAGGAAAAUACACCUUGAAAUACUGUCCUCCUGAUAAUUGUAUAUAUUCAGCAUCAUCGUCAAGAAGUGACUCCAACAAUCACUCACGCCUGUGGUCAUUAACCUCGAGCAUAACGAAGUUGGAUGUGAUACUUUUCAUGAUGCACUGUUUGGUUCUGGUUUUGGGGAUAUUGUUGUUGAUGACUAAAAAACUUUAAGGAAUCAAGUGCCUCAAUUCUCAAUUGACAUUUGGAAAAAUGUAUGUACUUGUGAUCUGGUUUUUGUAGAUAACAAGCCACCUCAACCUUGUGCCAAACAUCUCUAUAGUCUUGACUUGUCGACAAGUUCUCUGUUAUCAUCGAGAUGAGAUUGUUGAAACAAUGUCUGAUAGCUUGAACUGAUAACUUGUUUUGUGCUAAUGGUAAGUUUUUGAGACUUCUAUUGAUGGUAGCAUUGAUGGUUACAAUUAUCAGUUGAAACUUGACACCAUACAUGUAAUUCUAGAGCAAAAUACAUCACAACUUCAUCUCUUCAAAAUUUGAUGGUGGGUAGUAUUAGAUUUCUAUUAAAUUUUAUGGUUAACAAAAUAUAUUCAAAAUUUGAUGGUGGGUAGUAUUAGAUUUCUAUUAAAUUUUUUACCAAAAAAAAAAAGAUUUCUAUUAAAUUUUAUGGUUAACAAAAUAUAUUAAAUGCUUUGCAUUAGUGUUCACUAUUGAGUGUGUUUUUUAGAAACUGAAGAGGCAUGCAUAUAUUGAGCCUGAAAAUUUACAUUGUUUGAAAGAAAUAAGAGACAACUUAGGAGAGAAAAGAAAUUGAUAUAUCAUUUUGUUAGGCAAGUCAAGUUGUUCAUGUAUUGACAGCUUUUGGUUUGUCUUAAGAUGGUUUGGCUGAGACUUAUUCUAUUUUCUUUUUUUUUUUGGUAGAAUAGACUUAUUCUAUUUUCUUUUUCCUCAAAACAAGAAAACACUUUUUUUUUCCAAUAGUCCGGUGGUUAGACUCGAGACAAUUUCUAUUUUGUUUGUGUUUGGUUGUGUGAUAAUAAAAACUAAUUUUAAGUUGAUUUUGGAAAAAGAAAAAAGAAAAGAAAGAGUUGAUAUGUAAAAUAAUUUGGUUUGAAUAUAUUCGUAAAAAAAAA